AUGUCACCUUUUUUGAUACAAAAGUAUAUUCAAAGUACUGCUGGAAACGUCACAUCUGUAAAGAAGCUUAGAUCUGGAGAUUUGUUAAUAGAGACUGCGACGCCGAAACAGUCAGAGCAACUUCUAGCCAUAAAGAAUUUUGGUGAUGCCCCAAUAGAAGUAUCUGGCCAUAAAACUCUGAAUUAUACCAGAGGUGUCAUAUCUAGUAUGGACCUUACUAUGGUUAGUGAUGAAGAAUUUGUUUCCGAACUGCAGUCAUUUAGAGUAACAAGUGCACGCCGUAUAACAUUAAAAAGAGAUGGUAAAAUAAUUCCAACCAAGCAUGUUAUUUUGACAUUUGCUACUCAUGUGCUUCCCAGAAAGAUAACAGCUGGGUUUAUAAGUUGCGAUGUGCGUCCUUUUGUGCCAAACCCGAUGCGUUGUUUUAAAUGCCAGAGGUUUGGACAUACAAAAACUAGCUGCCGCGCUUCUUCCUCUCGCUGUCCACAAUGUUCCGAAAUUGGCCAUGAUGACACUCCAUGCACAAAGCCCCAAAAAUGUGGUUUGAUUGGCGCAGUAUAA